AUGUACCCGAGCCCGUACGCCGGCUCCGGCGCCGGAGGGAAGAUCCGGCGCCGCCCGCCGCCCCGCGCCGCCUCAACGCCCUACGAACGGCCCCCCGCCGCCGCCGCCGCGCACCGCCUUGCGGCUGCUGCUGCAGCAGCAGCGGCUUCCGCAUCCUCGGAGCCGGGCGGGGAGCGCGGCGGUGGGAGCGGUGGCUGGGUGUCCCGGCUGGUGGACCCGGCCUCACGCCUCAUCGCGGGCGGCGCCGCUCGCCUCUUCGGCUCGGUGUUCCGCAAGCGCCUCGCCCCGCCGCCGGCCCCGUCUCCGCCGCUGUCGUCGCCUCCUGGAAAAAAUAAUGAGCCGAAACAGGACUUACCUGAUUCAUCACAUGUUGAUUCGCUUCCAAUCCCAGAGGGUGGAAUGGAGAAAGGGAAGAGCAUAGUUGGCACAUCAGAUGGCAAAGCAUUGUCUGAAGUAGAGCACUUGUUAAUGCGGAAGACAUUCACUAAGGUUGAGUUUGAUCGUCUUACAGACUUAUUGCGUGCAAGAACCAUUGAGUCUGAUCCACCUAAAUCAAUUGUUUCUCGUGAGGAAAAGAAUGAAGAAAGUAUCAGGAUUGAUGGAAUCGGAGGCUCAGCAUUACGUCAUAUGGAUCUUGAUGAUUCUCCGGCUGUUAAAGUACAUAAUCAUGGUGCUAGUUCUCCUGCAGAACUCGCGAUACAAUAUAUGAGCUCUCGUUAUUCGAGGGAACCCCAAUCAAGUAGUCUGCGGAGCCGAUUGUUUCUUGAGAAUAAAGGUGAAGCAAGCAACAUUGCCAAUGAUAGGAGGUCUGGACCACCAAUUGUUCAGGCACCACUUGAAUUUCGGAAGGAAAACCCUGGUCUCCCUGUAAAUGGCUAUGGGACUUCGGGAUUACGUGGGCGGUCAGCGAUAUAUAGAAUGUCUCGCUCUCCAUAUUUUAAGGGUCAGAACUAUUCUAACGAUUUGAACAUGUCUUCAUUGCCCCAACGAGCACAAAGUUUGCAUGUUGGUGGCAGGCAGGUCUUGAAACGAAGUGGGGCUGAUUUAGAGAAUGAACUUGGAUCUAUAGGCCCCAUUCGUAGAAUUCGGCAGAAGUCAAAUAUGAUGUCUUCUUUUAGAGAUUCUCGUGCAAAUCCUCGAGGAAGCCUUCUUACUAGCCAUACAAGUGGUUCUUAUUUCACCGAAGACAGCACAUCCAUUCAGUCUUCGAGCUCAAAAAGACUAUUGGUUGGGAGUAGUCAAUCUCUGCGACCCCUAGAAUCCAAAAAGAAUGGGGGAGAUGGUAAAUCUAGUGAUAGCAUUCCACCCAUACCUGCUCAAUCAAACAAGAUGGCUGAGAAGAUAUUUGAGCAGCUUAAUAUAAUAGCUCCAUCGCCAAAACAGCAGCAGUCUGUUACUCCGAAUGCUAGUAAUUCUAUGUCAAAGAAACCUGUUUUGCAAGAUGCUGGGCCAAGCAGUAUGUAUCACCAAUCUAGUUCCCUGAAGUUUCAAGAUUUGGAUGGUGCAAAUGGACCCCUUGAUACAAACUUGAAUGGUUCCCUGUUGAAGAAAGACAAGCUAAAUAUAAUAGAAGACGUACCGCCAAAAGCUGCCUUUUCUGAUAGACCUACCCUUUUGGGGAACUCAGUUUCUGCUUCUAAAUCACUGACGCCAGGCUUUAAAAUGGCUGUGAUAGAGGACUCACCAGAGUUGGAUGAUGAUCUGGAGGUCCCUAUUCCAUCAAGUAAGAUAGAGGUUGAAACAACUGAGCAAAAAAAUGAUUCAAAUAGAAAAGAACAGAAGGUUGAACAAAAUAUAUCAGAGCAAAGGGUCAAACCAAACUUAAAGAAGAACAUUGCUGGUUCUCCGGUUAGUGAACAGCCUGUAGCAUCACUGUCUAAAACUGUCCCUUCAUCUGGUGGUUUGCUUUUAUCUAAUGAUCCUGGGAAGUCAGUUCCCAAUCCUUCUGUGGACAACAAUACCGGUUUUGCAUUCUCAAAUGCACCUCCUGGCACCCGUCCUGCAACUGGUGUAUCAGCAAUGCCACUUGCUUCAGUUAAGGACGAUAAACAAACUGGUGCUUCAAAUUCUAUUUUUGGCAUCAAGCAGUCAAUUGCAUCAGAUUCGGAAACAUCAACUGUAAAAAACAAAUCCACACUUGGGCAGAGUGUCACGAAGCCCACAACAUUUGCCAGCACUAGUCCAGAGAGAGGUGAUAAAACAGAAAAAGCAGAAGAUGUAGCUAAAUCAUUGGACAAGGUGUUGCCCUCAGCUGCAUCAACAACAUUGAACGCACCUCUCCGUUUUACUUCUGCGACAUCUACUUCGAGCCUGAGCAAUGGCUUCUCAUACUCGCCACCAAAGCUCGAAACUGCUCCACCUACUGAUAAACCUGCUAUCAGCUCUGCUACUUCCACCUCCAUAUUUGCUGUACCCAGUAGCAGUCAAGCUAUUUCAUCGUCUCCUGCAUUUACAGCAUUUAGUUUUUCUUCCAGCGCUCCGGUUGGCUCGUCAGUGGCAACAUCAGCUAAAUCAGAUGGCACAACUGCUGAGAAUAAGGCAGCUAGCACCAUAUCAUUUGGUAUAGGGGGUGCAAAAGAUGAAGUGAAAUCUGUGGCACCAGAUGCAACCAGCAAGCCAUCAUCGAUACUUUUUACUUCACCUGUGUCAUCAAGUAUCGCAAGCUUUUCAAGUUCUCCCGUCACAUCUACGCCUAGUUUCUCCCCGGUAGCAGCUUCAAGUGAUGCUGCUGGCAUAGCUAUGGCUGCACCAUCUAGUACUUCCACUGCACCAGGUUUACAGUCUGCUUCAACCCCAUCAUUUACAUUUCCGAGCUCUGGAAACAGCCUUUUUGGGUUCAGCUCGCCAGCCCAAUCUACUGGCCUCAGCACAUCAUCAGUUGCUGGUAGUACCUCUCAACCAUCAGCUGCUAGCACACUCUUUGGUAGUAAGCCGACACAAUCAGAGGGAACAAUGCAACAACCAUCCCAGAGUUCAAAACCACAAUCUGCCUCACCAUUCCCGGCCAUGACUCCUGGAGUUGGUGCUUCCUCGUCUGGAUCUGGGACCUUAUCUUUUGGACUUGGAGCUUCCUCGACUGGUUCAGGGACCAUAUCUUUUGGUGUUGGAGCUUCAUCUUCCGCACCUGGAACUUCAUCAGCUUUUGGGGCAGCAGCUCACUCAUCUGGGCCUGGGGUUUUCUCUUUUGGGGCAGGAGCUUCCUCAUCAGGAUCUGGGACUGUUCCCUUCGGAGUUGGAGCUGCCUCAUCUGGACCUGGAGCCGUGUCUUUUGGAUCAGGAGCUACCUCGUCUGGACCCGGAGCCAUGUCAUUUGGAGCAGGAGCCUCCUCAUCUGGACCUGGGAUCGUGUCCUCUGGAGCAGGAGCCUCCUCAUCUGGACCUAGGACCGUGUCUUUUGGAGCAGGAGUCUCAUCUGGACCUGGGACUGUCUCUUUUGGAGCAACAACUUCCACAUCAGGGGCUGGAUUUGGCAAUUCACCAUUUGGAACUGGAGCUACGUUUGCGAACCCAUUUAGCUCUAGCUCAAGUACUGGGUUCACAUUUUCUUCACCUAGCUCUUCUGCUGGUGCAUCAACGGUAGCCAGUACGAGUGUGUUUGCCAGCACCUCCGCAGCUUCUUCAGCCUCAGCUUUUAGCAACCCUUUUGGCUCAAGUUCAUCCCCACCCAGCACAUUUACAUUUGGGCAAUCAGCUUCUUCAGGCAGCGGUUUUGCAUUUGGAGCGCAGCCAGCUCCAACGUUCUCAUCUCAACCAUCAUCAGUUUUCUCAUUUACUUCAGCAAACACUAGCAUGAACUCGUCUCCACAGCUUACAUUUGGAAUGACUAAUACCAACACAGACUUCGGCAUGGCUUCCCCUGGAAAUGAUCAGAUGAACGAAGACAGCAUGGCAGAUGACACUAGUCAGGCGGCACCUGCGCCAGCGCCAAUAUUUGGUUCUUCAUCAUUUGGACAGCAGAAUAUCUCGCCUGCUGCCCCUGUAUUUGGUGCUCCGGCAGUCCAGCCAGCUGGGGUUUUUCAGUUUGGGGGCCAACAAGGCUCAGCACAGCAGAACCCGUCCUUCCCAGCCGCUGGCAGUCUAGAGUUCCAGGGUGGGAAUUUUUCGUUGGGCAGCGGGGGUGGUGGCGGCGACAAGUCGAACCGAAGAGUGAUCAAGGUCAAAAGGACAACAAAGAAGAGAUAA